AAAAUUGGUGACAUUUAUAAAGUAUAAUGACAUGAAACUUUCUCUCUCCCUUCUCUCUCUCUCUCUCUAAAAUCCCAUCAAACCUUUUACCAAAAAAAAAAAGAAAGAAAGAAAGAAAAAAAAAAAAGAAAAAGAAAAAAGAAAAACUGAAGAACACACACAAUGGUGUUUCCCUCCAUCCCAUCUAAUUAUCUUGAUCCAACAACAACCCAUCAAUGGCAACGGCAAACAGCAAGCCAUCAAUCUGGAAGUAGUAGUAUCAUUGGAGGCAGCAAUUUUCAGUUGAUAUCGCCGCCGCCGCCGCCGCCACCACCGCAAGUUCGGCCUGGGUCGAUGGCGGAACGAGCCCGAAUGGCGAACCUGCCGGUGCCGGAGACGGCGCUGAAGUGUCCAAGAUGUGAAUCAACAAACACAAAAUUUUGUUACUUCAACAACUAUAGCCUUUCUCAGCCCCGCCAUUUCUGCAAGACCUGCCGCCGCUACUGGACCAGAGGCGGCGCUCUCAGAAGCGUCCCGGUCGGCGGCGGCUACCGCCGAAAUAAUAAGAGAAGCAAAAGUACCUCUAAAUCUCCGGUUAACUCCCAAAGCCAACCUACUACUACUGCAGGAGAAGCAAUGAGAUUAAAUUACAAUAAUGCCAUUUCCACACCAAAUGAAGGAGCUCUGGAUUCAACUCAUCAUCCCAUUGGGAUAGCCAACUUUUUAGGGUUUGAUCAAAUUCAAUGGCGACCACAGCUUCAACUUCACCAAACACAUCCGUCUCCGUUGCUCGCAAAUUCAGCUCGGUUGCUCGGAAAUGGUGGCAUCGACGCAUCGUCAAGCUAUAGCAUUGUCGGACAGAUUCAGAAAAAGAUGGCCGAAACAACGACAAAAAUGGAGGAAGAUGGGCAACAAGUAGAGGUGAAUGUGGGAAAGCCAUUUUGGGGAGUUGUUGGAGGAAGUGAUCAUCGCCAUUAUUGGAGUGGUUUUAAUCCUUCAUCUUCUUCCCAUUCACAAGUAUGAGAGUUUCAUGUUCUUGAUAUUAUAAGCUUGGUUUUUUUUUUCUUUCUAAUUUAAAUUUUAGCAAAACUAGGGUUUCAUGUUGAAGAACUAUAUUUUGAGUUAGUUUUUGAAUGUGAAGAGGGGUGAUUUUAUUCAUGUUUAAUUUUCGUAAAGUCUAAAGUUUACAUGUUACACAUUUUACUCACAAAAGAUCUCGAGCGUAGAACUUUUGUGAGGAGAUGG